AUGGCCGCGCGCAGCCCAAUCGUACUCGACUCUCCAUCACCCACUGUCUCCGAAUUGCCUCCGAUAACGCCACAGCACCACAGAAAGUCCUCGUCUGUUGCCACCGACUCCUCUCCAGGCCUGCUGAGUAUAGGCAAACUCCCAAGACCCGCCAAUGCAGGCCUCAUAUCGGGAAUACGUGUACAAGAACUACCACAGGGCGCAAAGGCCGAUUUCGCGAGUGCUGCGAGUCUAUGGAAGGCACAGAAGUCGGAAGCAGAGGCAGGGACAGCACGACAGCAAGAUGAGGACACUGCAAUAUUGAAGGCGGCAACAGACGUCGAUACCGCGAGCAACAAUGCAGGCAGACUGCCCAGGCGAAAGCGGACGGAGGAAAGAGCCCCCUCCAGAGAGCCCAGCAUCACAGCGCAGAGCCCGCUGAGCGCAUAUGCGUACCAGGAUGGCAAUGAACGAAGGAAGAGCAUAUCAGCCAGUCCCGCGCCCACUCAGAGAUUCAAUGCCGAGCCAGUGCAGCUACAGGAUCCACAACCCGCACGAGUCCCGAGCAGGUCAUUGUCCGAGUAUGACUUCCGACCAGAAGAACACACGACUCUUCAUGCCCCAACACUACCUUCUGAGCCAGUGAAGAAGCCACGAAAGAGUAGGGCGAAAGUCGAUGAUGCGACAGCAGAUGGACAAGCAAAGAAGCCUCGAAAGCGGACAGCAAAGAAUGCCGAGCCAGGUGAAGGCACCAAGAAGAAGUCACGACAGCCGCUGAAGAAGUCUGAGUCCACGGUCUUGAACUCGGAUGACCUUGCUGCGACUCAGGCGAACACAUACUCGAGGAUAGAGAUACCUUCGCCGCCUCCAAAGGUCAAGAGGAUGAGGAAGACGACAUCGAAGUCUGCUUCAAUGCCAGCGGGCGAUGCGCCUUUGAACAAUAUCGACACCACCAAGGUGACUUCUGAGAGGUCGACGUACUUUGACGAGGCACCCAAACAGGACGAAGAAGAGCUGCCGGCACGAGCAGCGACUGAAGAUCUAGACGAGGUUCAAGCUUCCGAUACUGUCGGAAGACAAGGCUUUGCCCGGGACAGUACGUCCAAAUCACCUACCUUGCCGCAAGCUGCUCCUCGAAGGAGGCUCAGUUGGACCCCCACGAAGAAGACUGUGAUCAAGAUACUCGACGAUCAUGAGACUGCCCCUGCUAUCGAUUCUGGUGAUGCGGAGACGACAACGAAAUCGCUAGCAGACAUUGUCAGCGGCUUUGGCUACGCAAGUGGUAGUGCCUACGUCCCACCCACAGCAGGGCAACGUUCAGCCUCAGGUGAGGCGUUGACCAAAAGACGGCGAAUCGAUCUUGCAGACGAGGCCACCAAGGCUCCAGCUCGGCGGAGAGCAUCACCUAGACCAGCACCAGCAGAGAAGGCAGAGAAACCAAAGAAAGCCAAAGCACCGAAGAAGAAACCGCAGACUAUCACCGAUCUAGCAACGAAGGCUUAUCGAGCCCCAGAAGAAGAAGAGGCCUCAGCACAGCCCACGGUCUCUGAGUUCUUUACUGCACAGAAAGCAGACACUGUACUAGUGGCCGACAGUAAUGCCGAUGACACGAUUGUAAAGCCAAAAAAGCCUCGCAAGCCUCGCACGAAGAAGGUUGAUGGCAAUGGCUCGAAGCCGACUUCUGCGCUGAAGACGAAGCCCAAGAAAGCGAAGAAAGUCAGGAUUGUUGAGGAUGACCAUCUGGCAAACCUUCAUACACCAGGUGAAGCACGAGCUCAAGAAAGAAGCCAAGACUUUCUGUUUGGAACAUCCAGCCAACUCGGUGUGGAUGACUCGCCUACCUUUAUCCGGGAUAUGCAAAUUGCUGUCCGGGAGUCAGAAGUGGUUCCUCCUUCGCAGAUUGACGGUCCAAAAAGUCGUGCAAGAGUGCUCAAUGGUCCUGAUAGCGUCACCAGUCUAUCGAUCAUUCAAGCGAACAAAGACCUCUGGUGUACAGCCGCGCGAGACACGGAUGGGGAUGUGAUGCGACUUGACUCGGCUACUAUUAGGAUUGUGCAAGCCAGGGAAACUCGUGAUGUUCAGAAGCCUCCGGAUUCAGCAGUUAACCCAGCUGCGCCAUCAAAUCUCAUGGAGGACACCUCGCCUCAGCGUAUAGUACAUGUGCCACGGUUUUCGCAAGACCUCGGAGGCAUUACGUCUCCGGCUGAAGCGCCCACGAUGAAAGAGCCUGCUCCAAUCGCGCAUGAAAGCGUUCUCGAGCAAGACAUCGUUGAUCUUUGUCAUACUUCGCCCAUCGCUGAGAAUACCAACGCAAUGUUGCCCAUCGCGCCAGAUAUGCCUGAAGUCAUGGCUCCACCUUCAGCAGAUUCGAUGGCUGUGCAGAACGCGAUACUCGACGCCAACGAGCCCCGAUCUGAAGAAAUUUGGGCUAUCUUACCAAGCGAUAGUCCACCAGAAGAGCAGCCAGACAUGCCUCCUUUACCCGCAGCUGUGGGCAUUCAUUCGCCGUCGAAACGAAAUAUCAGAACGAUACCUCAGCUUAGGCGCUCAGCAACUUCACCUAUACGUCAACGGACAGCACUGCAAGCCCUCGAUGCUAAUAUCAGUCCACUUCCUCUAACUUCACCAGGGAAAGGUCGAGCACCGGCAUUGCAGCGAUUCCUUGCUACACCAGCAGUAUCGAGCCCGCCGAAGCGUGGGCGACCUAAGAAGAGCAUCACAACUGACGAUACGUCUGCAGUCUCGCCCAGAAAGCGUGGCAGACCACGGAAAACAGACUCACUCACUUCGCCGAAGCCGAAGAAAGCCGUCGGCACUUCCGCCUCCCAGCCAGUGCAAUCAAGAUCGUCCGGUUUCGAAAACAUCGAUGAGAUCUCCGAUUCAGACUCACCAACAACACCAUCACCGCCGCGAAGACGUGCUGCGUCAUCUCCGCCGGAAGCGCGAACACUUGAGCUUGACACUGUGGCGUCACCAUCGAAGUCGACAAUGCCGCGCACCGCGCUUCUCACGCUUAAGCCCGGUGACCAUUACUUUGUGAUUGCCAUCCAACCUUCACUUUUCCCGCAGAUCACGAACACCGUCAAGUCUGCGCCACCAAGCAACAGCCUCACCAACUCAAGUUGGCAUGAGAAGAUUUUGCUUUACGACCCGAUCGUGCUUGAGGACUUCACUGCUUGGUUGAACGAGCAAGGUCUGAGGAUCGAGCUACAGCGUCUGAAGCCGAAGACUAAGACAAAGGGAAGGAAGAAGAAGGAUGCGCCCUUAGUGCCUGAUGAGCCUGAGUAUGAGACAGUGAAGGAGGAAUUGAAGCCGUGGAUGGUGCAGAAGUGGUGCGAGGAGAAGAGUGUUUGCUGCCUCUGGAAGGAAGGGCUUCGUGGUGGAGUAAGGACGAGGUAUUGA